AUGCUGCCUCUUAUCUUUGUGCUUCUAUCUGCUUUCAAUCUUCAUCUGGCGAUUUCAGCCGGGUUGGACAUCGACCUGAAUGAAGCGCCUAAGGUGGACUCCGACGAGGACAGAACUUUCUUCAAUUCGGGUCACGAGUCUAUUGAAAAGUCUUUUUCUACUACCUCGUUUCAUAAGCAACAACCAGCUUCAAUACUUGGCAAGCGAGUACGAAAACCUCAAUUGAACGUAAACGGAUCUUUCAAAGAUCAAAAUAAGAGAGAAAAGGAUAGCAAAAGAUCACGUCGAUAUUAUCAAAGUUUGAAGGAUACAAGACCAGAAAAAUUGGAAGAAAACAAAAAUCGUAGAAAGAAGAGAAUUUCAGAAAUGAGUCCAGAAGAAAAGCAAAGAACGAGAGAAGGUGCUGUGAGACGCUAUAAAGAACGAACAUCGAAGAGAGGAUUUAGUAGUCCUUUUAAUGAAAGGCUCAAACAAGCUAGAAGGGAUGUGAGAGCGGGUAUUGCCACUCAAGAACAAACUGAUGUUGUACUACAAGACAGACGUAACAAAUUACUCCAAGCUGUGAAUUUUGAUUUAAACUACUCGCCACCACCGUCUCCUGAUAAUGCUAUUGACGCACAUGAACAAGCACCGAUAUUUAAUAAAGAUAAUAAAACAGAAUUGCGCCAUCAACGAUGGGGAAUUACGGGAAAACCGUUAUCUCAAAAUCGUCAAGCUGUAAGGAUGCGAGAAUUCCGAAAACGUAAAAAAGCCGAAAGUCCAGAAGAGAAAUUAGCAAGAGAGAAAGAAGCGGCAAAAGGAAAAGAAAGGCGAGAUAAAUAUAACAUUAAUGAAGAAUAUGUCCAAAAUCGACGUGAAUAUCAAAAAGAGCUGUAUAAACGAUUAAAAGAAAUUCGUGGAUAUGUCCAAGCUGUAAUGAUUGACUUGAAUCGCUCGCCUCCGCCAUCUCCAGAUCAGUCAAUCGACAUGCAUGAAACAACACCAUUACUUGAUAAAAAUGAUCAAGCAGAAUCGCAACAACAAGGAUGGGGAAAAGUGGGAAUGCGAAGCCGAAGAAGGAAGCGACAGAAUGUUGAUAACAUUAAACCUUCUCAGGCGUUGCACCAGAUCUCAGAAGUAGAGAUUCCGGAACAUCUAUCAGAAAGUACAAAAAGACGUAGACGGAGGUUGCUUCGAAUGACGGAAGAAGAGAAAGCGGCCUAUUAUGACUAUAAGAGAGAUUAUGAAAAGAAGAAGCUUACAGCACAAAGAAAGAUUCUUAAAAGUGCAAAUGAUGUCCAGAGACGUAGAGACAGAAUUUCUGAAAUGACCAAAGAACAACGUGAAGUAUAUUAUGGAAACAAAAGAGUGAGAGAAAGGCUACAAUAUGGAAAACGCAAAGCACUCCUAGGAUACGGUAAACGAUCAAGUGAACUUGAAAAAACGAUCAGAAAAAAGGUCAAACAAAAUCAAGCAACGCCUGAUGAAAUUGCGAAACUUGAAAAAAAGAGAAUCGAUGAUGCACGAAGAAAGAAAGCAAACGGGGAACUGAAGAAAAAGGAGAGAAGUAUAUAG